AGCCACCAGGCUGUGGUUUGGGGCUGCAGGUGGGCUGAGCAGGGAGGGCUGGACCAGGUCGGUCCUUGCCAGUCUCAGCCCAUCUGUGAUUCCAGGACUGGAAUUCCCAACCUGCUCCUGAGCCCUGGUGGUCCCCGCAGCAGCGCUGUGACGUCACUGAGGUGUCCCCACGCAUGGGGCUGUGACCUCGCAGCAGCACCCUUACAAGACACGUGCCAGCACCCCACAUCUCCUGUGUGGCCGUGACAAACGCUGCACCAUGAACGAUGACUCUCUGCUUGAGCCCAGCACCCUGUACCUGGCUGUUGGGGCCAUCCUGUUCCUGGCUGCUGUCACCAUCCUGCUCACCAGUAGCCAUUGCCGACAGUGUCGUUGCCGGAGCUGGGAACGCCGGAGAUGGAGGCAGCAAGUGGUGGCAGCAGAGCCACGUGGCCCCAUGGGACCCGUGUACGGGCCCUGGCGCUGCAUCCCCGGCUGCACCCACUGCGUCAAGGCUGCCCAGGAGCUGCAGCAGCUGCUGCUGUUGGUGUGGGGUGGACCCGGGGCUUCGGCCACGCUGGAUGCCAACACCUGGCAGGAGGCAUGGCAGGACCUGGAGGAGCUGGUGGAGCAGGGCUGCCUGCCCUGCCAUUGCUGCCGCUCCUCCCACCACCCUGAGAGCCUGAGUCGCGAUGGAAGAGCCGCCCUGGAGAUGAGUUCCGGCCGCUCCUUCGGACCUGUGCGUUUCGGCAGAGCCUGUUCGGCCCUGAGGACACACGUGGCCAGGAAGGGGCUGCAGAUACGGCUGGGGGACCUGCCCACGGUGGUGCGGAGGUCCCAUCAGCGAGCAGCGCAGGAGCAGAGCCGACGCGUCCCGCCGGGGCAGAGACAGCCCUUGCCGCGGCAUGGGGGGCUCCCCCCACCGCAGCCCAACAGCACUGCUGGAAACAUCAGAGAGACAGAAGUCUGGAGGCAGUGGGAAGAAUACUACCGCACCGAGGAGCCCCCGGCUCCGCCGGUGCCAUGUGCCCCACGGCCACUCGCUCCCCAGGAGCACAGCGUGGGGAGGCCACGGUCAGUGGGGCACCCUGGGCAGGGACAGCGGGACCCUCAUGGCUGGUAUGGUGGUAAGGAGGAGCUGGCCACCAACCCACAAGGACUGGCCAAUGAUCUGCGUGAGAGACUCCUUCGCCUGUCUGGGGCCACAUCGCCAUGGGAUGAGGAGUGCCUGUGGCCUUCUGGGUCAGCUGAGGCCACCCCAGCCCUUCCCAGCCAGAACAACAGGGUGGCAAGACCAGCUUCCAUCCCACCAGAGAAUGAUAUUGGCCGUCAGAGCAACUUCACCACCCAGGACAGGUAUGCGGCCAACCCUGAGGACUGGAGCCAGCGCCGUGCUGCAGAGCCUGGUGUCACCUCAAGGCUGGGGCUGAGCCAGGAGACGCUCAGAAAGCUCUCGAUGCACCUGGCAAAAAAAUGCAUCGAGAUACAGAUGCAAUGGUUCCCAGCACCAGUGGAGCAAUCCAUGGCAAUGAUGGAUCGGUCGCUGACCAAACGGGGCUGGGCUGAGGCCAAGCCCCUGCGGCCACGCAGCGGCUCCUUCCUCUGGAUGAAACUAAGGAACCUCAUCCAGCGAGAGCAGGACUCGCUGCCUGGGACACCCAGCGCCUGGCCAGUGCCCUUGAUGACACCACCCUCCCACCCAGUGGACCCCAGGACACCAUCCUCCCACCCAGAUGACCCCAGGACACCCCCCUCCCACCUGGAGGACCCCAGGACACCACCCUCCUAUCAGGUGGAACCCAGGACACCACACUCCUACCCAGGGGAGCCCAUGACACCACCCUCCCACCUGGAGGACCCCAGGACACCACCAUCCUACAAGGUGGAACUCAGGAUACCACCCUCCCACCUGGAGGACCCCAGGACACUGCCAUCCUAUGAGGUGGAACCCAGGACACCACCCUCCUACCCAGGGGAGCCCAUGACACCACCCUCCCACCCGGAGGACCCCAGGACACCACCAUCCUAUAGGGUGGAACUCAGAAUACCACCCUCCUACAAGGUGGAGCCCAGGACACCACCUUCCUACCAUGUGGAACCCAGGACACCACCCUCCCACCCAGACGACCCCAGGACACCACCCUCUUAUGAGGUGGAACCCAGGACACCACCCUCCUACCAUGUGGAUCCCAGAACACCACCCUCCCACCUGGAGGACCCCAGGACACCGCCAUCCUACGAGGCGGAACCCAGGACACCACCCUCCCACCCAGGGGAGCCCAGGACACCACCCUACCACCCGGUGCCUGUCCCCUUCUCCAGCCCCAAGCCCUGGGAGAAGGGCAGGUGGGGGCGCAGAAGCACAGAGGGGUCCACUGGCUCAGAGGGGACCUCCAGUGCGUACAAGCCAUACUGGAAGCAGAACCACAGUGCUUCUGCCACCAGGCACGUGGACUCCAGCUACCUGCACCCAGACCAGGAUGCCCAGGACAACCAGGACACUGCAGAGCAGCGGUUUGGCAGCACCAUCCGCCGAGUGCAGGGCAAGUUUCACCAGUGGCGCAGGAUGCUGUAGCCAUCUCUGGGGGGCUCUGCUGCUGAGCACCGCGGCCAUGUACAACACGGGCCAGGUCCCCUGCAGCUCCUGCUUCUCAAAAGUGCUCAGCUUUUCUAAAUAAACAUGCUGAUUUGCUCUGGAGGGCUGUGUGAGAGGUCCCAUCCUUCAGCGGGGCGGGUUGGCUUGGGGACAGGGCAGGGAAGGGGGCUCAGGGACACUUGGGCAGCUGUGGUGUCCUGGCAGGAGGACAAGACCAUGAGGAUAGUCCUGAGCAAGUUGGCUGCUCCUCCUGGAGCUCCUCAGCCCUGCCCUGGCCGUGGCAGGGCCUCAGCCUCACCCCAAAAGCUGCACUGCCCCAUGCACAGAGGGGACGGUGGUUUCCUAUGGGGCGGGAACCAGCUCUUCACAGUUGACCUACUGGAUAAAUUGUGGGGAGCAUGACCAAGCUUGAUCCUCAUACAAUUGAUUGCAACUGUGAGCAGAGAACAUCAAGCAAGCCCAUUGCAAACCAGAGGAGCACAGGGAAGCACAGCAGCAGGUGGGACCCCAAAUUGAGGACUUGUGAGGAGCCAUCAUCCUGCCCCAGCCCAUCCCAGAGCUGAGCCAGCAGCUCCAGCGUCCAGUUGUGAAACCCAUCACCACAAACCAUUGGGAGCAGCUCUCCAGAUCGGGUGGGUCAGCUCUUGGGACGUGGAAAGUCCUGGCUGGAGAGAGGAGCAGGAUGAGGCCGACAGUGCUGUGUUCAUGUGGGAGCUCUGUCUGUGAUCUGUGUGGCCAGCCAUGUAUACAUGUAUAUAUACAUGUAGUGUGUACGCAUCUCCUGGAAAUACAUCUUCAGCAUCACCUCUCGCGGGCUGUUGGAUCAC